GCGCAGAACUUGGGGAGCCGCCGCCGCCGUCCGCUACCCGCCGCUGCCAGCUUCCGCCGCCGUCGCAGGACCGGCCCCUGCCCCAGCCUCCGCAGCAGCGCCGCGUCCACASCAGCCCGCGGCGAAGGCGAACCUGGGGAUUCCACUUGCGUUCUCCCCAGUGCACCCCACACCCCGCAUGUGACCUGGCUAGUCCCCCGCAAGUGUGUCCCCCCGGCGGCUCCAUCCCCGGGCUGCGCCCACCCGCCCCAACACCGGCUCUCCAGCCCGCUCGUUCGGGAUGGCCGCGGCCAAGGCCGAGAUGCAGCUGAUGUCUCCGCUGCAGAUCUCCGACCCGUUCGGCUCUUUUCCUCACUCGCCCACCAUGGACAACUACCCCAAGCUGGAGGAGAUGAUGCUGCUGAGCAACGGGGCACCCCAAUUUCUCGGUGCUGCCGGGGCCCCCGAGGGCAACGGCAGUAGCAACAGCAGCAACAGCAGCGGGGGCGGUGGAGGUGGAGGGGGCGGCAGCAACAGCAGCAGCAACAGCAGCGCCUUCAACCCUCAGGGGGAGCCAGGCGAGCAGCCGUAUGAGCACCUGACCGCAGAGUCUUUUCCUGACAUCUCCCUGAACAAUGAGAAGGUGAUGGUAGAGACAAGUUACCCCAGCCAAACCACUCGGCUACCCCCCAUCACCUACACUGGCCGCUUCUCUCUGGAGCCUGCACCCAACAGUGGCAACACCUUGUGGCCUGAGCCCCUCUUCAGUUUAGUUAGUGGCCUGGUGAGCAUGACCAACCCACCGGCCUCCUCAUCUUCAGCACCAUCUCCAGCGGCUUCCUCCUCUUCCUCUGCCUCCCAGAGCCCACCACUCAGCUGCGCAGUGCCAUCCAAUGACAGCAGUCCCAUUUACUCAGCGGCACCCACCUUCCCCACGCCCAACACUGACAUUUUCCCUGAGCCACAAAGCCAGGCCUUUCCGGGCUCUGCAGGCACAGCACUUCAGUACCCGCCUCCUGCCUACCCUGCUGCCAAGGGUGGCUUCCAGGUUCCCAUGAUCCCCGACUACCUGUUUCCACAGCAGCAAGGAGACCUGGGCCUGGGCACCCCAGAUCAGAAGCCCUUCCAGGGCCUAGAGAGCCGUACCCAGCAGCCUUCACUUACUCCACUCUCUACUAUAAAGGCCUUUGCCACUCAGUCGGGCUCUCAGGACCUAAAGGCCCUCAAUACCACCUACCAGUCCCAGCUCAUCAAACCAAGCCGCAUGCGCAAGUACCCCAACCGACCCAGCAAGACGCCCCCUCACGAACGCCCUUAUGCCUGCCCAGUGGAGUCUUGUGAUCGCAGGUUCUCCCGUUCCGACGAGCUCACUCGCCACAUCCGCAUCCACACAGGCCAGAAACCCUUCCAGUGUCGCAUUUGCAUGCGCAACUUCAGCCGCAGUGACCAUCUUACCACUCACAUUCGCACCCACACAGGCGAGAAGCCCUUUGCCUGUGACAUCUGUGGGAGAAAGUUUGCCAGGAGUGACGAGCGGAAGAGGCAUACCAAGAUCCACUUGCGGCAGAAGGACAAGAAAGCAGACAAAAGUGUUGUGGCCUCUUCGGCCACCUCCUCCCUUUCUUCCUACUCAUCCCCAGUUGCUACCUCUUACCCAUCCCCUGUCACUACCUCUUACCCAUCCCCUGCCACCACCUCAUACCCAUCUCCAGUGCCCACUUCCUACUCCUCUCCUGGCUCCUCAACCUAUCCAUCCCCUGUGCACAGUGGCUUCCCCUCACCCUCUGUGGCCACCACCUAUGCCUCGGUUCCCCCUGCAUUCCCCACCCAGGUCAGCAGCUUCCCUUCCUCGGCUGUCACCAACUCCUUCAGCGCCUCCACAGGUCUUUCGGACAUGACUGCAACCUUUUCUCCCAGGACAAUUGAAAUUUGCUGAAGGAAAAAUGAAAAAAAAAAAAAAAGGGAAAAGGGAGAAAAAAGAAACACAAGAGACAUAAAGGACAGCAGGAGGAGAUGGUUAAGAAAGAGGAGGAAUCUCCUAAAUGGAGGUUCUCAGAGCCAAGUCCUCCCUCUCUACUCAGAGUGGAAGGUCUGUUGGCCAACAAUCCUUUCUUCCUGAUUCCCCUUCCUCCCUAAUUCCUGUUCCCUUUGACUUCAGCUGCCUGAAACAGCCAUGUCCAAGUUCUUCACCUCUAUCCAAAGAACUUGAUUUGCAUGGAUAUUGGAUAAAUCAUUUCAGUAUCAUCUCCAUCGUAUGCCUGACCCCUUGCUCCCUUCAAUGCUAGAAAAUUGAGUUGGCAAAAUGGGGUUUGGGCCCCGUAGAGCCCUGCCCUGUACCCUUGUACAGUGUCUGUGCCAUGGAUUUUGUUUUUCUUGGGGUACUCUUGAUGUGAAGAUAAUUUGCAUAUUCUAUUGUAUUUGGAGUUAGAUUCUCACUUGGGG